CAGCCAAUGGGGGUGCGCGGUGCGGGCACGGCGGGCGCGGCGGGCGGCGCGGAGCGCAGGUUUCUGUGUGUCUCGAGCAAAACCUGCAGCAGAGAUGGACACAGACGGCUUUGGAGAGCUGCUGCAGCAGGCAGAGCAGCUGGCAGCCGAGACGGAGGGGAUCUCGGAGCUGCCGCACGUGGAACGGAACCUGCAGGAGAUCCAGCAGGCCGGGGAGCGCCUGCGCUCCCGCACCCUGACCCGCACCUCGCAGGAGACCGCCGACGUCAAGGCAUCGGUCCUUCUUGGGUCUAGAGGGCUUGAUAUAUCCCACAUUUCUCAGAGACUUGAGAGUCUAAGUGCAGCCACUACAUUUGAGCCUCUUGAACCUGUGAAGGAUACUGACAUCCAGGGAUUCCUCAAGAAUGAAAAAGAUAAUGCAUUGCUGUCUGCCAUUGAAGAGUCUAGGAGGAGGACUUUUGCCAUGGCUGAGGAGUAUCACCGAGAAUCAAUGCUGGUUGAAUGGGAACAGGUGAAACAAAGGAUUCUUCAUUCUCUGCUUGCAUCAGGGGAAGAUGCUCUUGAUUUCACCCAGGAGAAUGAGCCCAGCUAUGUGGGGGAGGUGGGUCCUCCAGGUCGCAGCUCCAUGGACAGUGUGGAGAUGGCAUAUGCUCGUCAGAUUUAUAUUUAUAAUGAGAAGAUAGUGAAUGGACAUCUGCAGCCUAACCUGGUGGACCUCUGUGCUGCUACUGCAGGCCUGGAUGAUAAGAACAUCUCUGAGAUGUGGGCCAUGGUGAAACAAAUGACCGACGUCACCCUGGUUCCUGCCAGCGAUGCCCUGAAAGUCAGGACCAACAUGGAGGUGCGCAUGGAGUUCGUGAGGCACGCUCUGCACUACCUGGAGGAAAGUUACAAAAAUUACACUUUUGUGACAGUCUUUGGAAACUUGCACCAGGCUCAGCUGGGUGGAGUCCCAGGCACGUACCAGCUGGUCCGCAGCUUCCUGAACAUCAAACUCCCAGCAUCAGUCCCUGGUCUGCAGGAUGGUGAGGUGGAGGGCCAUCCAGUCUGGGCACUGAUUUAUUACUGCAUGCGCUGCGGAGAUCUGACUGCAGCCAUGCACGUGGUGAAACGGGCACAGCACCAGCUGGGAGAGUUCAAAACCUGGUUCCAGGAGUACAUGCACAGUAAAGACAGAAGACUGUCUCCUGCCACAGAGAAUAAACUGCGCCUUCAUUACAGACGAGCUCUGAGGAACAACACUGACCCCUACAAGAGGGCUGUUUAUUGUAUCAUUGGCCGUUGUGACAUUACAGACAACCAGAGUGAAGUUGCUGAUAAAACAGAAGAUUAUCUUUGGCUAAAACUGAACCAAGUGUGUUUUGAUGACGGCGGCGCGAGCUCCCCACAGGACCGGCUAACGUUAUCACAGUUCCAGAAGCAGCUGCUGGAAGACUAUGGUGAAUCACAUUUUGCAGUGAACCAGCCACCAUUCCUCUACUUCCAAGUGUUGUUCUUGACAGCACAGUUUGAAGCUGCAAUUGCUUUUCUUUUCCGGACAGAGCGCUUGCGCUGUCAUGCUGUUCAUGUUGCUUUGGUCCUGUUUGAGUUAAAAUUGCUCCUGAAAGCAUCUGGGCAGAGUGCACAGCUAUUAAGCCAUGAAGCUGGUGACCCUCCUGGUGUCAGACGUUUAAAUUUUGUGCGGCUUUUGAUGCUUUACACUCGUAAGUUUGAAUCAACAGAUCCAAGGGAAGCUCUGCAGUACUUCUACUUUCUCAGGAACGAGAAGGACAGCCAAGGAGAGAAUAUGUUCUUGCGUUGCGUUAGUGAAAUAGUCAUUGAAAGCAGAGAGUUUGACAUGAUUCUUGGAAAGCUGGAAAAGGAUGGUAGUAGGAAGCCUGGAGUGAUAGACAAGUUUACAAGUGACACAAAAUCCAUUAUUAACAAAGUGGCUUCUGCAGCAGAAAAUAAAGGAUUGUUUGAAGAAGCUGCAAAACUCUAUGACCUUGCAAAGAACCCUGACAAAGUUUUAGAACUGAUGAACAAGCUCCUUAGUCCAGUUGUUCCCCAGAUCAGCACUCCCCAGUCAAACAAGGAGCGUUUGAAGAACAUGGCUCAUUCCAUUGCUGAGAGGUACAAAGCGCAGGGGAUAAGUGCAAAGAAAUCCAUUGACUCCACGUUCUACCUUCUGCUAGACUUAAUCACAUUUUUUGAUGAAUAUCACGCUGGUCACGUUGACAGGGCCUUUGAUAUUAUUGAACGCCUGAAGCUUGUACCUCUUAGCCAAGACUGCGUCAAGGAGAGAGUUGCUGCCUUCCGGAAUUUCAGCGAUGAAAUCAAACACAAUUUAUCUGAGGUCCUGCUUGCGACCAUGAAUAUUUUAUUCACCAAGUACAAGAGGAUGAAAGGCACAAGCCCAUCCACUCCUGCCAGACCCCAGCGGGUAAUGGAAGACAGAGAUUCGCAACUUCAGUCUCAAGCUCGGGCACUGAUAAUGUUUGCUGGGAUGAUCCCAUACAGAACAUCAGGAGACACGAAUGCAAGACUGGUGCAAAUGGAGAUCCUUAUGAAUUAGCAGAGCAGCUUUGGCUGGGGUGCAGCAGCCUGUGCCUGUCUUUAGUAUGUUCAGAGGGCCCAUGGGACCAGUGUCAUUUUGUAUUCUGUAUUUUUGUUGACAGAAAUAAAUUUCUUUGGUUUUGA